CCCCACACCCGAUCCAAGUCAACCGUCUUCACUCAAGACGGGGUCGAUGCGCUCACGCCUGUGUGCCCUUUACCGUACCCUCCCCAUCCACCCUCGAUUCAGCCCCCGUCGCGCGAUUGCCCGCUGCACCUGUCUCUUCAACCGCUCGCCACUCCGCCGAUCCUACUUUACCCCAUCCCCGGCCAAGGAUAUGUCUGAGCAAUUGAUACAGUACGACGGCACUGAAUACAGGGCAGUGAAGGAAGGGUUGGCGUACAUUCUGAACCCCCCUGCCCAAGCUGCCGCCUCAAAGGCCACGAAAAAGGAUCUCAAAGCUGACGACCAAUCCCAAUCAGUCUUCUACAAUCCUAUCCAGCAGUUCAACCGCGACCUUAGUGUCCUUGCAAUUCGCGCAUAUGGGGAGCAUGUGCUAGCUUUGAAGAAACAAAAGGCCGAACGUAAGAAACAAAAGGCCGCGGAGUGUUCCGCAAAAGGCAAGAAGCGCAAGCGGGAAGAGGGGCGUGGCAAAGAAUCAACCCAAGAAGACGAGGCCACAGCAAAGAGCAGGUGCUCCCAGGCUCCUUCGCAGCACGCAGAGCAGGACGCGGCGCCAUCUUUUACCAUUUUAGACGCCCUCUCUGCCACGGGUCUGCGUGCGCUGCGAUAUGCAUCGGAGAUACCAUUCACUUCCUAUGUUGUCGCCAAUGACCUGUCACCCUCGGCAAUUCAAUCCAUGAAGUUGAACAUUAAAUAUAAUAAUCUCGGCGACCAUAUUCGACCCAAUACCGGGGAUGCGCGCGCUUACAUGUACAGCCUCCAGCACCAGGGAACCACUCCAAUCGCCGAACCCCACACUGGAAAGUUCGAUGUGAUCGAUCUGGACCCUUAUGGCACUGCUGCGCCAUUCAUGGACGCUGCGGUCCAAGGAGUCAAAGACGGUGGCCUUCUUUGUGUGACCUGUACUGAUGCGGGCGUCUGGGCCUCGUAUGGGUAUCCCGAGAAAUCAUUCGCCCUGUAUGGUGGAAUUCCCAUCAAAGGACCACAUUGCCAUGAAGGCGGGCUGCGUCUUAUCUUACACGGGCUUGCAAUGUCUGCAGCGAAAUAUGGCCUUGCAAUUGAGCCACUCUUAUCUCUAUCGAUUGAUUUUUAUGCUCGAGUGUUUGUUCGUGUCCAUCGCUCUCCGGCUGAAGUCAAGUUUUCUUCUGGAAAUAUGAUGAUGGUUUAUAAUUGCGAUUCUGGCUGUGGAGCAUGGUCGACUCAGCCUAUAACUCAGACGAAACAGAAGCUGGACAAGAAGGGUGACCCUUUCUACCAUUUUGGCUUUGCUCAGGGGCCAGCAGCAGAUAGUCGCUGUGCCCAUUGCGGUUCUAAGACUCAUCUAAGUGGCCCUAUGUGGGCCGGUCCCCUUCAUAAUGCUCACUUUAUUCGGAGGGUCCUUGAUAUGCUCCCCCACGCAGAUAAAGAUGUGUACCAGACCAUUGACAGGAUUGAGGGCAUGUUGACCACCGCACUAGAGGAAGAUCUAACCCUAGAAGUUUCUAGGAAAGAUGUAGACCCGGAACUUACCGGCGCAGCUGGUGGAGAUAUCCAACUCGGUGAUCCUUCUGCCAUAAUCCCGCGGCUGGAUCCGGCCGUCCGUGAUGAGUACCCUUUCUAUUUCAGCCUCAGCGCCCUGUCCAAGGUCUUGCAUACAUCAACCGUCUCCAUUGACGCCAUGCGUGGAGCUCUUCGACACCUAGGCUAUCGGUCAACUCGCAGUCAUGCGAGGCCGAAUACAAUUCGCACGGAUGCUCCUUGGGAGGUGACCUGGGAAAUCAUGAGGGAAUGGGUGAGGCAGAAAUCUCCCAUCAAAGAAGGCGUCCUGAAGCCCGGGAGCCCCGGUGCCGUUAUUAUGUCCAAGUGUCGAGAGAGCAUUCAAGAGCGUGAGGAAGAUACCUCCCUAGCUCAUCUCAAAUCGGAAAUUGAGGCUGCCACCGAGGAGGCAAAGGACGCUACAGACAUGAUCACCAAAAUCGAGGCUGCGUUAUAUCGCUCCCGUGCCCACCAAGCAUUAGGAGGGAAAACCGUGUCGGGUCCUCAGCUCAACAAACCUGGAAUGCAGAAGGAUGCUCAGGACACAAAGCCUUUCCACGGUCCUAGAGUUGCCCCCAGCACGCUAGAGGUUGUAUUCGAUGAGGCUUUGGGUAAGGAGACGACCAAGAAGCGACUGGUACGUUAUCAAAUCAAUCCUCGUGAGAACUGGGGUCCUUUAAGCCGAGCGUCCGGAAGCAGAUAAUGACUGAUGGAUUUGGUUGGUCUACAAUAAAAAAACUCAAUAUAGACGCCGCUUAUCUUAGACUUCUGCGAAUGCACUAUAAGUUCUGGU